GCUAGUGGCGCCGAAGGAUUUGUUGGUUACAGGAAAAAGGCCGGGGCGACCGCUUUCUCUCUCUCUUACAUUUCUCCCUGGUUUCAGAAAAUCAGAGUGAGAAAAACGGUGCCCCGCGGAAGGUGCAGUUGUAAGGAGUAGGUGUCACUAAUUUUAUUAUAUACACAUACAUAUAUGGUGGACGCAUCAUUAGCGAUAGAGCGAAUUGCCUGGAGCGAAGUUGGAACGGUCGGCUGGCGGAGCAAGGUCAAUUUCACUUCUCGAGUUUGCGCUCGUAAUUCGUGGUGGUAUUUGUGAUCCCUACGUCCUCGGGUCUCCUCGUCUGCUGCGUUCCGGGCUCGGGGGGAGGGGGGUUUCGUUUCCACAGGGUACGAGAGCCGUUAUGAGUCAGUAAUAUUACGGGCCAGCGGCAUGCCGCCACCGUCAUUGUCAUCGUUAACGUCGUCGAGAGGUGGCCACCAGUCCCGGCGGAGUUCCAAGAUAUGCUUUCCGAGUUCGUGUCCGUGGCAGUGACAGCUCCGUCAGAAUCGUCGCACUCGUCCGCGCCAAGUGAUCGAACGAUGGAGAGUCACGACGACCGGGCGGUCAGAGCGAACGGAAACGAGGAUCCACAAGCGAGGAUCAGCAGGCUGGAGUCGGAGAAUGUUAAGAUGCGAGAGGAGUUUAAUGUGCAAAGGGCUAAGAUGAAAGAAUUAUUUCUUCAGAAAGAAGAAGAAUUAAAACGAAGAUUAGAAGAAAAUAUGGGUCUGCAGAAGGAAAAUCUAAGAUUAAAAAACGAACUGGAUGAAGCAAAAAGUCAACUAGUUGUUGCAGAUCUUAAAAUACAAAAUGAUAUAAUGAUAGAGAAACGAAAGGCUCAGGAAGAAAUAGCAUCUUUGCAGCAAGUUAUACAUGAAACAGUGGAAGAAUCCUCUUGCUCGAGGAAACAGCUUGUCAAUGAAGUAUCCAAGUUGCAAUCAGCUCUUUCUAAGCUUCAGGAAGAGAAUGCGUUAUUGAAAACACAAUUACCACGAGAUCCACCAGCAGAUGGACCACAAAUCUCAUUGUCAACAGUAACUAAGACACUAGCUAGAAAAGUGGCUUCCCAAUUAGGUGCAGAUUCCUUAUCUUUAGGUCCUGAUAAUUUAGAAGAAAGCAUGCGGAAGGUAAAAAAAUAUGCGCAGGAAGAUGCGGAGGUUUUACGUUCAUUGGUUGUGCCACUCGAGGAGGAGAUAAAAGCUUUAAAAGAGAAACUGCGAUCGACUGAUGAUGAAUUACAAAAAUGUAAAGAAGUUUUAUUGAAGAGACGGCAGGAACCUGGUUCCUUCGAGCCAUCCUGUGAUAUGUGUGCAAAUUACGAAGCACAAUUAGUUAAAGUAGAAGCGACUGCCAAGGAUUUGGAGAAGCAGCUGUUGGACUCUCAACGUAUGCUGCAAGCUCAAAAAGAAGAUCUAGCUAAAGAAGUUGAAUUCCGAAAGGAAAUGGAGGGAAAAUGGAAUGAGAAGAAGGAGGAGCAUAAAAUCAAAGUUGCGGAACUGACUGUUACCUCGCAGACGGCGCAGCAAAAUUUAUUAGAAAUAAAGAAAACUUUCGAACAAAUUCAAAGAAGCGUAUCAGAAGAGCUUUGUAAAUUAACACGAGGCAGGGAAGAAGUUCAGAGACAUCUUACUGCGCUUCAAAUGGAGAAUGAAAAUCUUGUGGGUAAACAUAGCAAACAUUCACAACAACUUCAAAGCGAGAGCAUUAACAUGCCAAAUACUGUUGAGGAAUUGCAUAUGAGCCUGUUAAAAGUACGCGAAGAUUUAAUUACAGCGAAAGUAGCUCAGGAAGUUGCACAAGAGAAGGAAGAGACGCUACGGUAUGAAGUUACACUUCUGAGAGAACAAAUGGAACAAGAGAAUAGGGUAAAAGAACAAGAUAAUGCUGUGUUAAAGAAUGAAAUAAGCGGAUUGAGAGCGCAAUUAGAUAAAUAUAUAAGAGAUCAUCGUAUCCUUGCUGAUAAAGAAGAGAAGCUUGAUCGACUGGAAAAACAGUUACAAGAAAUUCAAAGAAAAAAGGAUGCAGACUCGGCAAUAACGGAAUUACGACAAAGAGUUAUGAGUUUACAACAGGAAUUGGAUACUAGUGAGGCAGUACAGAAAGACUUUGUUAGAUUAUCACAAUCAUUACAGGUACAAUUGGAAAGAAUUAGACAGGCGGGUAGCGAAGUGAGAUGGCAACAUGAAGAGGAUGUCGAUGAGUGUCCUAGUUGCCAUACUACAUUUUCGGUUACAAAAAAAAAGGUGCAUUGUCGUCACUGUGGCCAUAUAUUUUGUCAGUCUUGUCUCUCGCACGUUGUGAACAGUGGGCCGAAACAAAGACCAUCCAGAGUCUGUGAUGUUUGUCAUACUUUAUUAGUGCAAGAUACUGCACCAUACUUCAGCCAAGAACCUCCACAUACACCUGAUUAAAUGUUCUAAAGUUACGAGAUUUUAAUCGCAGUUUAAUGAAACGUACAGUGUCAGAGUUCGGUAAUAAUACCCUCGCUGAUUAAUACGUUUCAAAAAAAUAUACCGAUCAUCAAGUCGGUUAACGAUAACUCUCUUUUAUUUCUAGAGAGAGAGUUAGAAAUGUUGAUAGCGUAAAAAUGGAAUUUAGAUAAGAUUCCUACUACCUGAAAACCGGAGUGAUACAACAAAUAUUGUGUAAAUAUAAAGUUAUGUGUAUUAUCUAAUGGUUAUUGUAAUUUAAACAGAUUAAAGCUUUUGAAUGUAUGUGAGUUAUCCAGAAGAAAUAUCAUGAGUAUUUAUAUUACAUUGUCUUGUCUUUAUUUUAAUAUUAUGAAUUUCUCAAAUAUUUAAUUGAAAACUUUGCAAAUCUAUGGAGAAAUAAACAUCUUUUUUGUUCACAAAU